AUGGAGUACAAAUCAAAAAUUAAACAAAAAACGAGCAGUUGCUGUGCUUAUUUUUCGAUUUUCAACAAAAGAUUCCAAGGCAUCUUCGAUUCGAAUUAUUUUUUCGAUGCUACAGCACCCGUGUUCGCGUUCGCUUUGAGUUUUGGUGCGAUGCCAAUGUAUGGAAUCCUCUCGGGAGAUCCGUACAAACUCACAUUCCGAUGGAAAAGUUUUCGCUUCUUUUGGUCCGUGUUACUCAUUUUGUCACAAAUCAUGUUCACCGUUACCGUCAUCAACAAUUCCAUUCAGAAAGGCUUGACAAUUUUGAAAAUGACUCUGGUAGUCGUUUACAAUUCCGUCACGUACAUAAUGUUUCAAAUGUUGUUUAUUGCCCGCAAAUGGCCGGAAACCAUGCGAUUUUGGCGCAAAGUGGAGUUAUCACUGCCGCCAAUGCAAGAUGCAGUCCGAAGCAAGAGCAUGGGACGCCGAAUACGGAAAUUUGCUCCAACGGUCACGUUUUUGUCGCUAACGGAACACACCUUGGGACUUAUUGCCACAGGAGUUUCCAUCGUAAAAUGCCCGAUCGAUCCCGAUGAUUAUGUCAAAUCUUUUUUCAUUGAACAUUUACCGGUGUUUUUUGAUGAUACAACUUACGAGCCAUGGAAAGCUUUUCUUGCGAAAUUUGCCAAUUUGGUGAACACUUUUAUGUGGUUUUACGUGGAUUUGUUCAUAAUGCUUGUCGCGAUGGGUCUCAGCAGCGUUUUUAAGCAAUAUUGCGACUUUUUGGUGAAAUUUUCCGGAAAACGGGUCACGAAGCAGUUCUGGGAUGAGCAACGAGCGGCUUACAGACAAGUUUGCGAGCUCAUCGAAUAUGUGGACCGAGUUAUUUCGCCGAUCACGAUUGUUUCCUUUUCCAAUAAUUUGUAUUUUAUCUGUUUGCAGUUGAUGAAUUCCUUGAAUGAACGGCGAUCUCAAGUACACUCCGUAUAUUUUUGGUACACUUUGAUUUAUUUGAUUUGCAGGACAUCAGCAGUGUGUCUCCUGUCAGCAGAAAUAAAUGAACAGUCGAAGAGGCCACUUUUGUUGUUCAGAAAUGUUCCAAUGGAGUCGUGGUGUGCUGAGUCAAAACGUUUCCUGGAAGACGUAACUGAAACAGUUUGUGCCCUUUCUGGCAUGAGAUUUUUCUAUCUGACACGGAAACUUUUGCUGAGUGUGGCUGGAACCAUCGUCACUUAUGAGCUCGUAAUUUUGCAAUUCUACGACCGUGGAAGUGGAUCGGGCAUUCGAGUUUGCAACACAACCUUCACCAACAUCACAACGACAUAA